GCUCAGAAGCCCUGGCGAAUCGUAGAGCUGGAAUAUCGGUCGUGUUCCACAAAUUUUUCUGAAAACUCUCGUUUGCUCUACUGAUUUUCAGUUAUUUGUUGUGUAAAUAUCGACACAAAUAAUGGCUGAAAAUUCAGCCAAAGAGGAUGUGACGCCGCCACAAGCGGUGAAAAAUGAUAGCGUCAAGGACAGUGAUGCAAAACCUUUGCGAAUGUCUUUUGCCGAUUGGAAGAAGAGUAGAGAGCCCAAGGAGCAGCCAGGGGAUGCUCAGGCAACUCGCAACAGUCGCAAGAACCAUAAGAAUGACAACAGACCACAGGGCAAUAAUCGCAUUUACAAUAAUAAUCACAACAACAAUAUCAAUAACAUCAACAAUUCGUUUCCGCCUCUAAGCCGACCACCGCCAUUGCCCUUUCCCUUGAUGUCCAUGGGUUUUGGUAACUUUGGUCACGGACACGGACCCGGUCCAUGCGGACCACCGCCAAUGAUGCCUUCCGGAUGUAACAUGGGUAAUAUGGGCAACAUGGGUAAUAUGGGAAAUAUGGGUCCAGGACCAGGCCCGCGCAACCAUCGACCCUUACAGCCACCACCUUUUUGGGAGGACAUGAUGUCGCCACAACAUCGACCACCACCAAUACAACCACCCAUGCCCAAGUGUCCCAGCUCAUGGAAUCUUGUGCCCAGGGAUAAACAGCGGCAAAACAAACAAAACCAGAACCAAAACAGUCAGCCUAACAAGAAAUAUAAAGCCAACACCAACAACAAGGACAGCAACAGCAACAACAAUAACAGCAGCAGUAAUAAUACCAACAGUACUACAAACAAUGCAUUGUUAGAUGCGGCAUUGAUGCCACCACCACCACCACCACCACCGGGAGGCAGCUGCAACAGUACUAACAGCUCCUCCAACAACUCAACAUCGAAUAAAAUUGUGAAGAAGAAAAAAUGUGGCGGGACUUUUGUGCAAAUUGAUGGUAAAUGGAUACAGCGACCUGAGGCGCCUCCACCACUAGAAGAAGCGCCGCCGGGCACCAAAGAAGAUCGCCAGCGCCAGUGGCGCGAAUACCGACAGGCGAUGAAGCCAUUCAAGAAUCGUGAAUUUCAUAAUUGGAAACGUACUGUGCAACGUCUCAGCAAAUUGCCGCGCGAUCAGCUGGACGAGAGGCAAUUGGAACGGCUACAAAAGGCAGAGGAAUAUAUUGGAGCACAUAAAGCCAUGCUAACCAUUAAGCAUGCCGAACAGUGGGUGCAGCAAUCUAACCGAAAAAUAGAAGCGACCGGAAGCAAUGGACAGGCUCAGGUGUUUGUGCGAAAGCCGGUGAAUCCCACAUGGCAAAAGAACACUGAUCAGAAUACACUUCAUCGGGGACCGCCGCCCGUACGAAAACAAGUGUUUGGCACUGGGCGUGCCAUUAAAGGUGGAAUUGGCGGCGAUGUGGGAAGCAUACCAAACAAUCCAACGAGACCCAUUGUGGGCCAGUUUCCGGCGCAGUCCGGACCGCCAAUUGGCGGCAACAGCGGUUACUUUGGGUACAAUAGCCAUCCCUACGUACAGGACACGGACAGCAACAAUAGCAGUGGCAUCGGCAGCGGGGCCAACAGCAGUGCCACUAGCUCCUUUUACGCUAAUUACACAAACAGCUUCAUCAAAGGUGGCACCCUACUGCCACCCUAGAAGGCUGCUCGAGCGCUGCCCUGGAGCGAGAGAUACACUUAGGUUAUAAUAUAAUUCUAUUAAUAAUUAUCAUAAGCAAUGUCAUCACGAUGUCAUUUAGGAGCCUGUGCUAUUCAUGUAAAAAUAAUUA